AUGCUGUAUAGAGCAAAUAAAGACGGUAAAACUCCACUUCUCUUGGCCGUGGAUCGAAACCAUCCAAGUACUGUGAAACUCAUUCUUACUCUGAUGCCUAGAGAUCGCCCAGAUAUAGACGAAAUUCAACAGUGGCCGUUGCACACCGCCGCCAAGAAAGGCUAUCUCGAUGUGUGCAAAACGCUGAUCGAGAACGGAUACGACUACCACCUCCGUUUGCCUGAUCAUCAAAUGCAGCUUCCACUUCACAAGGCUGUGCAGGCAAACAGAGCUGAUGUUGUGCGGUAUCUGCUUAAAAUCGCUCCUGACACUAUUGAUGGGAGCAACCAACAUUGCAUUAAACCAUUUCUCGCGGCCGUAUCGGUCAAUGCACUUGAGGCAGUCAAGGUGCUCAUUGAACAUAACGCCGACAUAUUCCCCAACGACUGCGACGAAGAAUCGCCCUUCAUGCUCGCGUCAAAGUAUAAUGCUGUUGAUGUAUUGUCGUAUCUUAUGGAUAUUUAUAAAAAGCAAGAGGGUGAAGGACUGACUUCCUACCUAAAUAUGGUAAACCAGGUCGAUCAUGAGCAAAUGUCUCCGAUGCACUACGCAUGUUUAUAUGGAUACAUGGAAGUAGUCACUCUCCUGCACGAUAAUGGCGCCAGUAUUGACGUCUUCAAUGAAGAUGAAGCUACCCCUCUCCAUCUCGCAGCAAGUCAUGAUGUGACGGCGGAGGUGCUUAUUGACGCUGGUUCGGACGUGAAUGCACAGAAUUUACAAGGGAAUACACCUUUGGAUCUAGCUGUUGCAGGGAAUCAUUACGAUAUUGUGGAGAAUCUUUUGAAAAAGAAACCCAUUAAGGAAAGCGCAAACUAUGGCAGACGUACCACUCCUCUACAUGUAGCCGCUGAAAAGGGUUACGACCGACUUGUUAAAAUGCUUCUGCCGGAAAUUAGUCCAGCCAGGAAAAACGAAAAGGGUGAAACAGCCCUUGAUUUGGCUAUAUCUAAUGGACGCGAGUCCGUCGCCCGCAUUCUUGUCGAAUCGAGUUACUGGCAAGACGUAAUGGCACCUACGGAUACAAAGCAGAUGUCUCGCUGCAGCGAAGCAAGGACUACACCGAUGAGAAAAUUGAUUGACAAGUUUCCGAAGGUCGCAAGACUUGUCUUCAAUAAAUGCAUAAAAACAAGGAAAGAUCCCAAGUCACCACUGAAAUGGAAAUACUACUAUUUCAAGUACCUCGACGACACAUACAUGAUGCCUUCAAAAGAUGGAACAGAGCUUACUGCUAAGAUCGAUCCUUACGAUGAAAAUGGGAGAUUGAAAAUUGAAGCGAAAGCCUACUCAGAUGACUACGAUGUUGUCUACAAGUGCCACCCAUUAAAGAUGAUGGCAAAUGCGGAAGAGCAGGGAAAUGCGGAAAAAUUUAAACUCCUUUCUGAACCGCUAGUGAUUGCGCUUAUCAAUCACAAAUGGAACAGUCUCGGAAGAUACGUUUACUACUCAGCUUUGAUGGUUUAUACUGUUUUCAUGGUUCUUUUCACUCUUUUCAUCACUUAUACUCCUGCCCCGUUCAAUGUGUACGACGCAGAUAGGAACAAAAUGAUUGAUCUGAGCGCAUAUCUCUAUGCGAAAAAUGCUACAUGCGAGGAAGUUGGAUUGGUACGAAAAAAAUGGCUAGUAGACAUGAAGUGGAUAGUGAUCGGCUUAGCCAUCGUCCAGCUAGUCAAGGAGAACUGGCAGUGGUAUCUUGCCUCCGUCUGUGCAUUUUUAUCUUGGAUGAACUUGUUGCUGCUCAUUCGGAAACUGCCAAUAUUUGGAAUUUACGUUGUAAUGUUCUUUGAUAUCCUUAAGACAUUUUCACGGUUUUUCAUCAUCUUCGUGCUCUUUGUCGUGGCUUUCAGCAUUGCAUUUUUCGUCAUCAUGCAAAAUAGGCCCGAAUUCUCAACCGUACCUUCGGCUGUGCUAAAGACUGCCGUAAUGAUGAUUGGUGAGCUGGAAUUCACCGCAAUCUUUCAUGGAGAUAUGCAUGUGCAUCCGCAAAGACUAUUUGACCCUGAAAUUGCUUAUCCGUUAUUCCUCUUCUUCUGCGUCAUCAUGACUAUUCUUUUGAUGAACUUGCUGGUCGGUUUGGCUGUAGACGACAUUAAGGGUGUGCAAGACAAAGCCGAAUUGAAACGAUUGAGUAUGCAGGUGGAUCUUGUGUUACAAGUGGAAGCAUCGAUGCCGUAUUUUCGCAAGUUAACGACGCUAUCUCACUAUUCUACCAAAUUAGGUCUUGUUCCAAGCCGUUGGGAAAGUUUGUGCAAUCGAUUCGGUUUCAACUACGCAGAAAAGGAGGAAGAGGACACAUUAGACAAAAACGAUUUCGUUAACGACGUUCAGCAAUCAUUAGAUUCUAUAUCCGACCAGCUUCUUUAUCUUCAGAAUGACAGUGACGACUUUUAUGAUCGCCAGGUCCGAACCGAGGAAAUGGUCCGCAAAGUACUUGAACAUAACAAAAUAGAGUAUGAAAAAGUCGACUGGGAGAAGCCACCUCGAUGACUGAGUGUUUUAAAAAUUGUGUCGAGCUUUAUAAUAUCAUCUUGUAAUUUCAAUUUACAGAAUAAUGUGAGUCAUUAUCUUCGUUUAUUUGUGAAGAAAAGAAAUCUUUGAAAC